AUGCCUUUAUUACAUACAAUUCCGACUGUCCUUUCAACAAGUGUUAACCGCAUAAUCAAAGGCAGACCUCGUCCAACUUGGAAUUAUAAAUUUCAUGUUGGUUUUAACCUAUUUAAAUCCAUGCUAACUGCAACAUUUGAUAGACCAAUCGAAGAAGUUCAAAUAAUAAGUAACUCGACUAAAAUUUCACCACCACCUGGUAUUUCUGUAAAAGAAAAUAUAGAAUUAUCUGAUAAUUAUCGAGCAAUUGCUCAAAUUCAUCUUGAAAAAUUAUUGCCAAAAUAUGAUGAUGUUUUGGAUCCAAAAUGGAAAGAUACAAAUGGUGAAGAAUUAACCGGUGAAUGGGUUUAUUUGGAUGAUUUACCAAAGAAACAUCCUAUCGUUUUAUUUUUACAUGGUGGUUAUUUUUGUAUUGGUGGAACUAAAAUGAUUAGAUCAUUAGCAAUUGAAAUUGCUAAAAUAUGUAAAGCUAAAGUUUUUGGUGUUGAUUAUCGAUUAUCACCACAACAUCAAUUUCCUGCUGCCCUUUGUGAUGCUAUCGCUGCAUACUUGUAUCUAAUUAAUCCUGGAGAAGAUGCAGAAUUUGACCCUAUUGAUCCUAAAAGAAUUGUUAUUAUGGGGGAGAGUUCAGGUGGUGGAUUAGCUAUGGCAUUGACUUUGUUUCUUCGUGAUGCUGAUCCAAAUCUUAUAGGUCUUGACUCGCUUUGUCCGAUGGCAACGUAUAGGCCAAAACCUCAAGUUUCAUCUCCUGCAUGGGUUCAAUAUCAAGAAGAUUCUCAAAAACUUGCUGAUCAAAUUAAGAAAAAAAAUCCUUUAAUAAUUGGUGAUGAAUCUUUUCAACGAAAUGAACAGAUUCAAAUGUAUUGUAAUAAUGAAGCUUUGGCUAUUCCUUAUGUUAGUCCGUUAUUGGCUGAAAGUUUGGGUGGCAUGCCUCCUAUGUUAUUGCAAGUGGGAGAAAUUGAGAGGGUACAUAAUGAAGUCGUACUUUUUGGUCAUAAAGCAACUCAACCACAUAAAUUUAGGGUUCCACAAUAUUCUACUUCAAAUUUUGAUAAGUCUCCAUUUCAAAAACCAACUAGUGUUAUAUUGGAAGUUUAUGAUGAUAUGCCUCACGGAUGGCAGAGGUUUCCUUCUGCUGAACAAGCUCAGAUAUCAUUUCAUAGAACUUGUAAUUUUAUAAAAUAUGUUACUCUAGUAGAAAAUGAUUCAACUGAAAAUUCAUUAUUUAAAGGUAUAAGAAUUAAUAACAAAGGUGAAGAAAGACCUUUAGAACAAUAUGAUCUUGAUGUUUUAAAAUGGGAUAAAGUUGGUAUUGUUCCUGAUAUAAUCGAUAAUACAAAAGCAAAGUUAAUAUCUAAUAAUUUUUAG